AGGAGCCUAACACGUGGUCGGAUCUCUGAUAGGAACUUCCGGUUCAAUUACCUUCCCGAUGGAAUCGCACGCAGGAGAGAAACUAUACGAAUGUAAUGAUCGUGGUAAAGAAUUAAGUGAAUCAUCCAACUACAAUGGCCAUGUAUCUACAAAGUGUGAUAUUUGUGGUAAGGUAUCCAGUACUUUAACUGUCCAUAGGAUUCAUAUCAGAAGUCAUACCGGAGAGAAGCCCUAUAAAUGUGGUAUUUGUUGUAAGGAAUUUAGGACUUCGUCCCAUCCGAAGGCACAUAUCAGAACACAUACCGGGGAAAAACCUUACAAGUGUGAUAUUUGUGGUAAGGAAAUGAGUACUUCAUCUCAUCUGAAGAUACAUAUGAGAUCACAUACCGGAGAGAAGCCUUACAAAUGUAAUAUUUGUGGUAUGGAAUUUAGUGUUUCGUCAAAUCUGAAUAAACAUAUCAGAUAUCAUACCGGAGAGAAGCCGUACAAGUGUAAUAUUUGUGGAAAGGAAUUCAACCAGUCUGUUCCGCUAAAAUUGCAUGUUAGAACUCAUACCGGAGAAAAGCCGUACAAGUGCGAUAUUUGUGGUAGGGAAUCAAGUACUUCAUCUCAUCUGAAGACACAUAUGAGAACUCAUACUGGAGAAAAGCCGUACAAGUGCGAUAUUUGUGGUAAGGAAUUUAAUGUUACAUCAAGUCUAAAGAUACACAUGAGAACCCAUACCGGAGAGAAGCCUUACACAUGUGAUAUUUGUGGUAAAGAUUUUAGUGCUUCAACACCUCUCAAGGCACAUAUACGAACUCAUACUGGAGAAAAGCCUUACAAGUGUGAUAGUUGUUAUAAGGAAUUUACCGACUCAUCAAGUCUAAAAACACAUAUGCGAACUCAUACCGGAGAAAAGCCGUAUAAGUGUGAUAUUUGUGGUAGGGAUUUUAGUGUUUCUUCACGUCUAAAGACACAUACACGAAUGCAUACUGGGGAGAAGCCUUAUAAGUGUGAUUUUUGUUUUAAGGAAUUUUAUGAUUCAUCAAGUCUAAAGUUACAUAUCAGAAAUCAUACUGGAGAGAAGCCCUACAAGUGUGAUAUUUGUGGUAAAGCAUUUAGAACUUCACCACGUCUGAAAAUACAUAUAAGAAAUCAUACUGGAGAGAAGCCUUACAAGUGUGAUAUUUGUAUUAAGGAAUUUAGUGACUCAUCAAUUCUGAAGAAACAUAUCAGAACUCAUACCAGAAAGAAGCCAUACAAGCUUAAGUGUGAGACAAUAGGUUUUAGUGAGACAAUUGGUUUUAGUGAGACAAUUGGUUUUAGUGAGACAAUUGGUUUUAGUUAGACUGGUGUUAGCGAGCCAACUGGUGUUAGU